AUGGUGUUUGAGAACGAAGGUUGCCUGUCGUUGAACCACCAGCCCCCUAAGAUGUAUUGCUACGAGCAGCAGUGUAAACAGCCAUGCCUACCGCCCCCUAUUUGCCAACAGAAUACCGGCAUCAAAGGCACGAAAGGGUUGCUACGUUACUUCUUCCCAGUAACUCCCAGUGACUUUGUCUCUGCUCCUGAUUUGGUGCACAUGGGGGAUGCUGCUCCAGGUCUUCCUCUGAACUUCUCUCAUCGGUAUCGCCGGGCCAGCCAAAAGGUGCCUUAUUAUGGAUACACAUCUGGUCGUCCGUUGCCACCCUUUGUCUCGAAAAGGCUACCCAGGUCUGGCUCACAAUACUACCCAUUCUAUGGGUCAAGAUACCCUGCAUACAAAACCCUUCCACCACGUGGGAAAGUUCCAUGCGCUCAGCUCUACUCUCCGCCUGGUGUGACUGGUUAUCAACCACGAGGUGCAACGGUCUACCCAGACCCACACACAGCCAGGUACUCCAAGCUAAACAAGAACCCGACGCUGCCACACACAGCUAUCUAUCAGAAACCUUUGCCCACCCAGUGUCCAUACAGUGGCAUGACCAAAGGCCGACAUGGCCCCAUUAACAAGGGCUCGCUACCAUGUGUCACUGGCGCCCCUCUACCCCGUGUGACCAAAGGUCCAGUAAUGUAUCCCACCAACGUCUCUCAACCAUGCUUGAACAAAGCCCCGCUACCACGUAUGACCAAAGGCCCCGUGCUGUACUCAAGCAAGGACCUAUUGCCACAUAUUCAUGAGCCACCACCCCGCUUGGCAAAGGGACCGCUACCACGGAUGACAAAAGGCCCUGUAUUCUAUGCAACCGAAGACCCACAACCAGGCCUAGGCAACGCCUCACAAGCAAAUGUGACAAAGGGCACCCAGCCACACCCGGCAAAGGGCACUCUUCCACGUGCCACCAAGGGGCCUCGUCUUGUUGUGACCAAAGUCCCACGGUUCAGCGCGCUGAGGGCCUCGCGAUACUUCCUGAAGAGGGCUUCACGGCCCAACCUGACGAGGGGCUCUCAGCCAAGCUUGGUCAAGGGCUCGCGGCCGUCCCUGGCAAAAGGCUCCAGGGUCUCUUUGACUAAAGGCUCCCAGCCCAGCCUGGUCCGUAACACCACAAACCUGGCAGCCUCAAAGAAGCUUCCCAAAAAUGUCAAGAUCGCAAGCACUGGGAAGAAGUACUGUUCGGCCACCAAGUGGCCUUUCUGAAGACAACAGGGAUGUGGGAGAAACUCAUUUGACUUUCAUGCACCAAGAAGCCGGGCACACGUCAGUGGCAGU